AUGUCGAUCGUGCACCUUCAGAAUGUUGAGAUUAUUAACAGCAAGGCCCGGUUCUCGGAUCCUUAUAUAUUUAAGGUGACAUUUGAAUGUAUUUCGCCGCUUGAAGAUGAUCUUGAAUGGAAACUCAUUUACGUCGGAUCUGCCGAAUCGGAAGAAUACGACCAAGAACUCGAUAGUUGCAUGGUGGGACCAGUCCCAGUGGGCGUGAAUUCUUUCGAGUUUGAGGCUGAAGCCCCAUCAUCUGAAAAGAUACCUGCUUCUGAUUUAUUAGGUGUCACAGUCAUAUUGCUCACAGGUUCCUACAAGGAUGCGGAAUUCAUUCGAGUAGGCUACUAUGUGAACAAUGAUUAUGAGUCGGAGGAAUUACGAGAGAACCCGCCGGAGCAAAUUCAGCUUGACAAAGUGUGUCGGGAGGUCCUAGCCAGCAAACCACGCGUCACGCGCUUCAAUAUCAAUUGGGAUAAUCCUAAGGAGAUGAUCAAACCACCUGAAGAACCUAGCACGCAAGCUGAACAGAAUGACACUACUGUGGAUGCUGUAGAAUCGACGCCGAAUCCCAUGUUCCGGCCGGCGCCUGAUUCUGGCUCUGGCAGCAGUGCAUUUGUCCCCUUUGAGUCAUGA